AUGACGUUUGUUUAUGGUGACCCUGUUUUGGAAAGACGAGAUCAAGUUUGGGAACGUCUUACGCGUUUCUCAACAACUAGAACUGGACCUUGGUUCAUGAUUGGAGAUUUCAAUGAAAUCACGGGUCACAAUGAGAAGGAAGGAGGGAGACAGCGUUCUGAUAGCUCGUUCCUACCUUUUAAGCAAAUGCUUGCAGACUGUGGGAUGUUAGAGUUUCCUUUUACAGGGGACAUGCUUUCAUGGGUAGGGAAGAGAGCAGGACGUUUCCCACACUCUAAUGCCAAGUACUUGAGAUUAUGGGGAUCGGACCAUCGUCCGAUUCUUGCUGAGAUACUGACAAAGCCAACGAGAAGAUCAAAGAAAUUCAAAUUUGAUAGGAGAUGGCUAGACAAUAAAGAACUGAGGCAAGUCAUUCUUGAGGGAUGGAAAUCUCCUGAUCUACCCCCCAAUGCGACUAUAAUGGAACAUAUCUCUAGUUGUCGAAAAGCCUUGAGUGAAUGGAGGAAACAACACAAUAUCAACUCGGCAAAGCUAGUGGAGGAGUUAAAGGAGAAAGUUGAGGGUUUAUAUGCAGACGACAAUGCGACGACGGAGGAAAUUGCAGCAGCGUUGAAGGAACUCUCAGAUGCUCUUAAGGCAGAAGAAAUGUUCUGGAAACAGAAAAGUAGAGUGUUUUGGCUGCGAGAGGGAGAUAAAAAUACCAAAUUUUUCCAUGCCUUAACGAAGCAAAGGAGAGCAAGGAACAAAAUCACGCAGCUUCGGGAUGUUGAUGGUAACAUAGUUGAGGAUGAGAAAGGCCUGGUAGCCAUUGCUACUAGCUAUUUUCGGCAAAUCUUCGAAACAUCUACACCAGAAGACAUUGAAGAGGCGCUAUCUGAAGUUCCUACGACGAUCACAGAAUCAAUGAAUGACAGCCUCACAACUCCUGUUUCUGAAUGGGAGGUUAAAUUAGCUCUCUUUGCUAUGCAUCCAGAUAAGGCGCCGGGACCAGAUGGGAUGACUGCACUUUUUUACCAACAGUUUUGGGAUAUAGUCAAGCACGAUUUAACUCUUAUGGUAAAUAAAUUCCUGUUUGAAGGACAUAUAGCCAAUGGUCUGAAUGAUACAAACAUAUGCCUUAUCCCGAAAACAACUAAGCCUAAUGAAAUGGCUCAGUUUCUACCCAUAAGCUUGUGCAAUAUUAGCUACAAGAUCGUCUCGAAGGUCUUAUGCCAGAGACUAAAGAAAGUCUUGCCAGGAUUGAUAUCAGAAACCCAGUCGGCCUUUGUUGCUGGAAGACAGAUUUCAGAUAAUAUCAUGAUUGCUCAAGAGAUGUUUCAUGCCCUACGGACUAAACAGAGUGGACGUAAUAAGAGGAUGGCCAUCAAGACGGAUAUGAGUAAGGCAUACGAUAGGAUGGAAUGGUCGUUUAUCGAAGCUGUGAUGCGUAAGAUGGGAUUCUCUGAGACAUGGAUCACCUGGAUUAUGAGGUGCAUUACGUCGGUCAAAUACAAAGUUCUCAUGAAUGGGCAGCCAAGAGGGAAUAUUGUUCCAGGUAGAGAGAACCAAGGGAAUAUAACGGGGAUGCGUAUUACACGUGCAUGUCCUUCGGCGGAGCCCCGUGAAUGUGAGGAAGUAAUGAAAGUAUUCAGGAAAUAUGGUAAAGCAUCUGGCCAAUGUAUAAACUUUGACAAGUCUUCCUUACUCUUUGGUAAGAGGAUUAAUGCAGCCACCCGGCAAGAGGAUAAUCUGAUGCAUAGAGUCAAUGGAUGGACUGGUCGAUGGCUCUCAAAGGCGGGAAAGGAAGUAAUGAUCAAAUCCAUUUUACUCGCUCUUCCAACAUACAUUAUGUCGACGUUUCUGCUCCCAUUGGAGAUUUGUGAAAACCUCGCUAGUGCCAUUGCACAAUUUUGGUGGAGCUCGAAUCCACCAAAAAGAGGAAUACACUGGGCGAAAUGGGAAAAGGUUUGUUUACCAAAAGAGGAGGGCGGUAUUGGUUUUUGUUUAAUUCAUGAGUUCAAUCUAGCACUACUGGCAAAGCAAUUAUGGAGACUGGUCCAAUACCCUGAUUCACUGGUUGCCCGAGUAUUAAGGGGGAGAUAUUAUAGGAUGACCACGCCAUUGAGAGCGAUCUCUACUAGCAGCCCAUCAUAUGUGUGGACAAGCAUCUCCGCAGCAAGGAAGCUUUUACUGCUAGGUAUCGGACAGAAGAUUCACUCUGGCUAUGAUGUCAGGGUGUGGGAGGAUCUGUGGAUUCCAACAACACCUGCUAGACCAGCUAGACCUAUAGCGCCUGUGAUGCACCUAAACAUGAGGAUCAGUGACAUCAUUAAUCAGGAAUCAAAGGAGUGGGAUGUAGGACUACUAGAUGAUUAUGUUCAUCCUGAUGAUAUACCACUCAUUAGCAGCAUGGCCAUAAGUUCUACUCAUCGCCGAGAUACUUUCUGCUGGAACUACACGAGGAAUGGCCAAUACACAGUCAAAUCUGGAUGCUGGGUUGCUCAGAACCUGUUGAAGCAAGGAGAGGAAAAGGAAAUACUAGAGCCAAGUAUCACUAAACUUCAAGCCUUUGCUUUGAAGUUACCAUCGCCAAGGAAGAUGUGCCAUCUUAUAUGGCAAUUGAUAACGGGACAGGUAGCAGUAACGAGGAAUCUAGUAAGGCGUAAUAUGAGGUGCGAUAAUUAUUGCCCAAGGUGUGGGGAAAUAGAGGAAUCUGUAACUCAUGCAAUAUUUGAAUGCCCUCCAGCCCUGCAAGUAUGGUCUUUAUCGGCAACUCCUACAAGUCCAGGUUUAUUCCCAGUGGCAAGCGUUUACACAAACAUGGACUAUCUUUUCUGGAGGAAGAAUAAUAUCAUUGCACCAGACCAAGGCAGGGAUCCUUAUCCCUGGAUAAUAUGGUAUAUUUGGAAGGCUCGCAAUGAUAAGCUUUUCAGGGGUAUAGACAGAGACCCUUUGGAACUCGUUCGAUAUGCAGAGAGUGAAUGUCAGACCCUGUUUAACGCGAAUGAGACGAAACCACCACACGUCCAGGCUACCAAUAAUGAUGCAAACCAAGUCUUAAGCUUGGUGGAUGUGGAUGAGUCUGGAUGGAUAGUAGGGAGGACAUACAACUUAUGGGAACACGAAACUUCACUCGAUGUGAAUCAGCGCUGCAUUCGGAGGUAG